UCCUUGCAAACAUUUCAAACUCUCUCACUUCUCAUUUUCCUCCUAUAGAAUCAAAAAUUUCCCUCUCCUCCCUCUUCUUUUAAUUUCCUCCACCAACCCCUCUUUUUCCCACCUAGGAACAAUUAUUUUUAUUCCAUAUAAAACCAUAUAAUUAAAUACUUGCCACUUCUUUCAUUUCUUUACUUGAAAAAGAUUUUUUUAAAUAUGGUUGGGAAAAUUAGCUCGGAUCUUCCUCCUGGAUUUAGGUUUCAUCCUACUGAUGAAGAAUUAAUCAUGUAUUAUCUUCGAUAUCAAGCUACCUCGAGGCCAUGUCCCGUUUCAAUUAUCCCCGAAGUUGAUCUAUACAAAUUCGAUCCCUGGGAAUUGCCUGAGAAAGCUGAAUUUGGAGAAAAUGAAUGGUAUUUCUUCACCCCUCGUGAUAGGAAAUAUCCAAAUGGUGUUAGGCCAAAUAGAGCAGCUGUUUCAGGUUAUUGGAAGGCUACAGGAACUGAUAAAGCUAUUUAUAGUGCAUCUAAAUAUGUUGGUGUAAAAAAAGCUCUUGUUUUUUAUAAAGGAAAACCUCCAAAAGGUGUCAAGACUGAUUGGAUUAUGCAUGAAUAUCGUUUAAAUGAAUCAAGAUCUCAACCUAACAAGCAAAGUGGCUCUAUGAGGUUAGAUGAUUGGGUACUUUGUAGAAUUUAUAAGAAGAAAAAUAUGGGAAAAAGUAUGGAGAUGAUGAAAGCUGAAGAAGAAGAAUCAGAGGCUCAAAUUGAGAUUACCAAUAAUGAUAUUGAAGUUGUUGGUGCUACUACUAGUGGACCACAAACAAACAAAUUGCCAAGGAAUUGUUCAUUGUCACAUCUACUAGAAUUGGAUUAUUUUGGGUCAAUUCCACAAUUGCUAGGUGACAAUUCAUACCAUACAAGUUUUGAUAUUGACCAAAGUUACACGAUGAAUAGUGUUAAUACAAAUGUGGUUCAUCAAAUGGAGAAAUCUCAGCUAGGGGAAGUGUCACACCAACAUAAUAGCCAAAAUAAUAAUUAUAAUAUCUUCUUCAACCAGCAGCCAGUUUUUGUAAAUCCAGCUUUUCAAUUUCAGUGACAAAAAGUUCCACAGAACUGUCGUAUGGGGUACUAUGAGGCCCACGACUUUCUCGAUCACCUCGUUCUUCAACCAUAAGUUAGUAUGUGGCUAAAGUCUUUCCGAUGGUAACAUAUAUUACGCUGUAGAAUGCUAUUGGAUGAAGCUGACAGCAUGGAAAUUUUCAACAAUUGUAAAAUAUUAUAGUGGAAAGUGACAUUAUGUGAUUGGUAUUAUCAGCAAGAAAUCUCUAGUACAGAAAAAAAGAAGGGGUGGGGGCAACAAACUGUUGUAUUUGUAGAAUUUAGUUUAGUUUCUCACCUUGUGUUUGGCAAAACUAAUUUCCUUGUGAAAUUGUAAUGAAUAUUUUUCUGCAGUACUCUACA